GUGGUUAUCUGUAGUAUUAUAUAAACUAACAAAUUAUAAUCUUGUUAUUUUCAUCAACUCCUAGUUUAAUGUUGGAUUGUAAUUCAUAUUUCAUCCUAUCAGUUUUUAUAUCCAAGAUCACAAAAUACUGUAUCUAGAAACAAUUUAAGAUCAUGGGCACUAAAAGGAAGCCCGAUUCCCAAGUGCCGGCAGAAGAGAGUGAUUUGUUAUCAAUAAGACCACUAGGUGCAGGCCAGGAAGUCGGAAGGUCAUGCAUUAUGCUGGAAUUCAAGGGAAAGAAAAUCAUGUUGGAUUGCGGCAUUCACCCUGGCCUCUCAGGAAUGGAUGCUCUGCCAUUUGUGGACUUGAUUGAAGCAAACGAAAUAGAUCUAUUAUUGAUAUCUCAUUUCCAUCUGGACCACUGUGGAGCGUUGCCUUGGUUUCUGAUGAAGACAAGCUUCAAAGGCAGAUGUUUUAUGACUCACGCGACUAAAGCUAUCUACAGGUGGCUUCUCUCGGAUUACAUCAAAGUAAGCAAUAUAGCCACUGACCAAAUGCUAUACACUGAGACAGACUUAGAGAACAGCAUGGACAAAAUAGAAACUAUCAACUUCCACGAGGAGAAAGAAGUGGGUGGAGUCAAGUUCUGGGCGUACAACGCAGGGCACGUGCUAGGCGCGGCCAUGUUUAUGAUUGAGAUUGCCGGGGUCAAGGUCCUGUAUACUGGAGAUUUUUCCAGACAAGAAGACAGACAUUUGAUGGCUGCUGAAAUUCCAAGUGUUCAUCCUGACGUUUUAAUCACGGAAUCAACCUACGGGACCCACAUCCAUGAAAAGCGGGAAGAGAGAGAGAGUAGGUUCACUACGCUGGUCCAUGAGAUAGUCAACCGAGGAGGACGAGUCCUAAUACCAGUCUUUGCACUCGGUAGAGCUCAGGAACUUCUGCUGAUCCUUGAUGAGUACUGGAGCCAGCACCCUGAACUGCACGAGAUUCCUGUGUAUUACGCUUCUUCUCUCGCUAAAAAGUGCAUGGCCGUGUACCAGACUUAUGUGAAUGCAAUGAAUGAAAAAAUCCGCCGACAGAUUGCCAUCAACAAUCCUUUUGUCUUCAAACAUAUAUCAAAUCUUAAGGGCAUUGAUCACUUUGAAGACAUCGGCCCCUGUGUAGUGAUGGCCUCGCCUGGUAUGAUGCAGAGUGGCUUGUCCAGAGAGUUGUUUGAGUCUUGGUGUACGGACAGCAAGAAUGGAGUCAUCAUUGCAGGUUACUGUGUGGAAGGUACUUUGGCCAAGACCAUCUUGUCAGAACCAGAGGACAUUGUCACUAUGACAGGACAGAAGUUGGCUCUCAAGAUGUCUGUGGACUACAUAUCCUUCUCUGCCCACACGGACUUUCAGCAGACCAACGAGUUCAUCAAAAUCCUCAAACCUCCUCAUGUGGUUCUGGUUCAUGGAGAACAGAACGAGAUGAGCAGACUGAAGGCAGCCUUGAUACGAGAGUAUGAGGAUGAUCCCAACACUACAAUGGAGAUUCACAACCCUCGAAACACGGUGGCCGUGGAGUUGUACUUCCGUGGUGAGAAGACGGCCAAGGUGAUGGGGAGUUUGGCCGUAGAGGCGCCCAAGCCUGGCCACAAGAUCUCUGGUAUUCUGGUCAAGAGGAACUUCAACUAUCAUAUGUUGGCUCCUCAGGAUCUUACCAAGUACACAGACAUGAGUGUGAGCACAGUGAUACAACAGCAGUCUGUACACUUCACUGGUUCUAUGAAUGUGCUGAGGUAUCUGCUGACCCAGUUAACUGGCACAGUAGAGGCUUUAGAGGACAAGAAGCUGAGGGCGUUCCAGGCUGUGGACAUUACACUGGAUAACAAGAUGGUCACACUAGAGUGGAUCGCAACCCCAGUCAAUGACAUGUUCGCAGACUGUGUGUUGACUGCCGUCUUGCAGGCUGAAUCCCUUGAUCCUGGCAGCAAAUUUCUCCCUGUUCCCUCCAAGAUGGACAGGAUGCACUUUAAGGAAUGCUUGAUUGAAAUGCUGCAGGAGAUGUUUGGUGAAGACUCUGUACCUAAGAUAUUCAAAGGCGAGAGACUCUACGUCACCGUUGACGGAAAGAAGGCAAACAUUGAUCUCGUUAAUCUAGAAGUGACUUGUGAGGAUGACGAGACCUUCAGACAGAUUGUACAAACGGCCGUCAGUAAAUUACACGACUCGCUCGCUCCACCCAGAACUGAAUUCCUCAGCAGCACAGUAGCUUGAACAACACUGGGUCAGAUCUCUGUGCUGAAUUGUUGGUGACGUGAACUGUGAAAAAGAAGAAGUCAUGAUGUAAAACUUCACAGGAAACUUAGAAUUCAACAGUAAAACAAAUGGUAGCCUGUUUGUACCAUAUUGUAUCAAGGUUGUGCGAACUAAGUUUUCUAUAAUGUACAAAAAUAAUAA